CGCCAUUUGUUGGGGUUUGCUUUUGUUGCAAAUGCCGAAUGUACAUAAUCUAAAACGCAAACGGUAGAUGAUCGACGAUGUAUAUUAAACAGCUUGUCAUCCAAGGGUUCCGAAGUUACCGGGACCAGACAGUUGUGGAACCAUUUCAUCCAAAACACAAUGUUAUUGUUGGAAGAAAUGGAUCUGGGAAAAGUAAUUUCUUUUAUGCCAUCCAGUUUGUGUUGUCUGAUGAGUUCAGUCACAUGCGUCCGGAGCAGCGCCAGGCAUUGCUUCAUGAGGGUACCGGACCCAGGGUCAUCACUGCCUUCGUCGAGAUCAUCUUUGACAACUCCGACAACCGAAUUCCAAUUGACAAGGAUGAAGUUGUAUUGAGGAGAGUCAUCGGCUCUAAGAAGGAUCAGUAUUUUCUUGACAAGAAAAUGGUCACUAAGACAGAUGUGAUGAACCUACUGGAGAGUGCUGGUUUCUCCCGAAGUAACCCUUACUACAUCGUCAAACAGGGAAAGAUCAACCAGAUGGCAACCGCCCCAGAUUCACAGCGUCUCAAACUGCUGAGAGAAGUAGCAGGGACCAAGGUUUAUGAUGAAAGGAAAGAAGAAAGUAAAAUUAUUCUCAGAGAAACAGAGGGAAAGCGUGAGAAGAUCAACGACCUGCUGAAGUACAUCGAGGAGAGGCUGGAUACCCUGGAGUCUGAGAAGGAGGAGUUGAAAGAGUACCAGAAGUGGGACAAGAUGAGGAGAUCUCUUGAAUACACCAUCCAUGACCAUGAGUUGAGAGACACAAGGAAAAAACUGGAUGAACUACAAGAGAAGCGUGACAACAGUGGUCAGAUGAGUCAGAAGCUUCGGGAUAGUCAGCAACAAGCAACAGACAAAGUCAAGUCCAUCAACCGAGACCUGAAGGACCUGAAGAGUCGGAUGCAGACCAUCUUGGAUGAGAAGGACACAAUGGUGAGCGAGAACCAGGACCUCACAAAGAAGAAGGCCAAGCUGGAGCUGAACAUCAAGGACAUUGUGGAUGAGAUGGAGGGCAACACAAGUGCCAGGACCAAGUCGGAGCUGGAGCUGAAGAAGCUGAACGACAAGAUCGUGAAGACACAGGAAGCUCUGGAGGCCAUUGUACCCCAGUAUGAAGGCCAGCGGGAUCUGGAGGAACAGGCAGCCAAUGAGCUGUCUCUAGCUGAGCAGAGGAGGAAGGAACUGUAUGCCAAGCAGGGGCGUGGCAACCAGUUCACAUCGCGGGAGGACAGAGACACUUGGAUCAAGAAGGAGUUGAAGUCCCUCAACAAGGCAAUCAGGGACAAGGAGGAGCAGAUUAAAAGAUUGACAGAUGAUUCUGGGAAAGAUGAACAAAGACGCCAGGAGCUCAUGACGAAGAUUGAGGGCAAUGAGAGCAAGAGCGAGCACUUCAAGAGCAUGCAGGAUCGAGACAACAAGGAUUAUCAGGAGAAGAAGAAAGAGAAGGAUAACCUGCAGAAUGAGAGGAGUGCACUGUGGCGACAAGAGAACUCCCUCCAGCAGACGCUCCAGUCCGGCCGAGAAGAGCUUAGUAAGAAAGAACAGGGUCUCCGAUCUCUCACCGGCAAGGCCUUGUUGAACGGUAUUGACAGUGUCAGCAAGGUGUUGAAUCAGUUCCGAGAACAAGGGCGUUACCCUGAGGUUGUGACUGGUUACCAUGGCGUUCUCAUUGAGACCCUGGAGGCUGAGAAGACUUUCUAUACAUGUGUAGAGGUCACGGCUGGAACAAGGUUGUUUCAUCAUGUAGUGGACACCGACAAGACUGGCACCAAGAUUCUCCAGGAGAUGAACCGCCUGCGUCUGCCGGGAGAGGUAACAUUCAUGCCCCUCAACCGUCUGGACAACAGGGACACAAUCUAUCCCGAUACACAGGAUGCUAUUCCUAUGAUUCAGAAGAUUAAGUAUGAAAUGAAGUUUGACCCUGCCAUCAAGCACGUGUUUGGGAAGACCCUGGUGUGUCGGAGCAUGGAGGUGGCCACGCAGAUUGCCAGAACACAGAAUCUUGAUUGUAUCACCCUGGAGGGUGACCAGGUAAGUCGUAGAGGGGCUUUGACUGGCGGCUACUACGACACACGCCGAUCACGGCUGGACCUCCAGAAGAGCAAGAUGGAGCUGACAGCCCAGUGUGCAGAACACGAAGUGGCAUGCAGAGAGCACAGGGACAAGCUGGAAGCUCUUGAGGGCAAGAUCAACAAUCUGGUGUCUGAGAUGCAGAAGCUGGAGACCAAGUGUAGCAAAUAUAAAGAUACAUAUGAAAAGUUACAAGCGGAAGUCAGACUAGCCAAGGAAGAAUUAAAGUUGGUGGAAAAACAGAAACCCUCAAAGGGCAAGAGUGUUUCAAGCCUAGAGAGCAGCCUGGCGGCCAUGGUGGCAACACGGGACUCCCUCAAUGAAGAGGUGGGCACGGACCUUCUGUCUCAACUCAGUAUGGAGGAUCAGCGAGAGGUGGACCAGCUCAACGACAAGGUGAAGGGCAAGACAGAGGAGAACAGAGCUGCAUGGAAGGAAAGAAUCAGGCUGGAGGGGGAGAAGAACAAGCUGGAGAACAUGCUCAACAACAACCUGUACAAGAAGCGGGAUCGGAUCUUGAAUGAUCUUCAGGAGACAUCCACAGAAGAUCGAACCCAGAGACUGGACAGUUUACAAAGUGAUCUGCAGUCUGUGGAUGACAGGAUCUCUGAGCUCAAGAAAACAUCUAAAGACCUCGAUGACCAGUUAGACAGAUUUAACAAGGAACAGAAGGAGUUACAAAGCAACCUGGAGUAUUGGAAGGGCCAAGAAAAAGAAUAUCAAGAAAAAAUCAGUGAUGAUGCAAAAGAUCUGGAGAAAAUGACCAACAAACAAAGUUUAUUAUUGAAAAAGAAAGAGGAUUGUAUGAGGAAAAUCCGAGAGUUGGGUUCUCUGCCUAGUGAUGCCUUUGAGAAGUAUCAAGAUCUCAGUAUGAAGCAGCUUUUCAAGAAGCUCGACCAGUGCAAUCAUGAGCUAAAGAAGUACAGCCACGUAAACAAGAAAGCUCUCGACCAGUUUGUCAAUUUCUCGGAUCAGAAGGAAAAGUUGAUGAAGAGGAAAGAUGAAUUAGACCGUGCCCACAGUUCUAUCUUGGAUCUGAUGAAUGCCUUGGACCAGAGGAAGUAUGAGGCUAUCCAGCUGACAUUUAAACAGGUGUCCAAGUACUUCACAGAGAUCUUCAAGAAGCUGGCUCCACAGGGGCAUGCUGUUCUAGUCAUGAAGAAGGGGGACAGUGAAACAGAUGGUGCCGACGACUCACAGGGACAAUCACAACAGGAUGUGCCGCUUGUAGAACAGUUCACUGGAGUUGGAAUCAGGGUGUCGUUCACCGGAAAUCGAGCUGAGAUGAGAGACAUGCAGCAGCUCUCUGGAGGUCAGAAGUCACUCGUGGCCUUGACCUUGAUCUUCGCCAUCCAGAAGUGUGACCCUGCCCCCUUCUACUUGUUUGAUGAGAUUGACCAGGCCCUGGACUCAUCUCACAGAAAGGCUGUAGCUGACAUGAUCCAUGAGCUGUCUCAGGAUGCUCAGUUCAUCACCACCACAUUCCGACCGGAGCUUCUCGAACACUCGGACAAGUUUUAUGGUGUCAAAUUCAGGAAUAAGGUGAGUCACAUCGAGUGUGUCAGUCGGGAAGAAGCACAGGAUUUCGUGGAGGAUGACACCACUCACGGCUGAUCAGACUCUCAUCUGUUGACAAGUAUCAAAUACUACAGUCAUAACCUCAUCGUCUGUGACAGCAGUGAUGGCAGCAGCCGCUGCUGCUGGGACAUUAACACAAGAGGCGGACACCAGUAUCCAUGGCGAUGCCCAGGCAGCUGAUAUGACGGACUAUUUUUGUAUUUUGCUGGGUUCGAUAGGGUCAUAUUCUUGAUACCAGAAAUCAGGUCAAUAAGCAGGUGUCUACAUAAUAGUGGUUAUGUGAAGCAUGACAAAAAAGUAGUACCACUGUUUGCAUUUUUUCUUGAUGUGACGGAUGAAAAUGAAUCAGGGUUUAUGAAUUUUCAUAUCUCUUUAUAUUUUCUUUUUGCAAUCUUCGCUCUAAAGUGUACAUGCUGUCUUGAAUUACUAGGUUCAUUUCAUGGCUACCAUUGACGACAUCACACAGAAUGCAAUAUAUUGUUGACAUGUUAUCAUCAUGUUAUUUACAUCUCAUCUGUACAAUUCACUGUUGUAUAUAAGAUUUUAUAUCAUAAUAACCCAUGUACAGAUCUGCCAUGUCUUUUUUAGUGUCAAACAUGGAGCAAGGCAUCCUUUUCAGCCAUUAUUUAGCCAUACUUACGACAAUAUUAUUAAACCUGACAUAUACAUGAAAUCUGUCUUUUAAAAGAGACGCUUCAUAAAGACAACGUUAUAGAGAACUGUCAAUCAUUUGUAGAUAUCAACAUCCAAGUCACCCUUUUAAUGUGUCUUAUUUCUUACAGUGCAUUUAGCAAGACAAUAGAAUUCCAACAGAUCAAAAUCUCAUUUAGAAUCAGCGUUACCUGAAAUGGUUAGAUAUGUGUCCUCGAACAGAUCUUCCAGAGUAAUUCCUGCAUUUUCAUUCACUAAUAUAUUAUAGUUCCCACUGCAUUCAGAGUUCUGAAAGGUGCUGUCCUUUACAAUGUGCGUUACAAUACAACAUAAUUGUGGACAAUAAAGGAGAAAACCCUCUUCAUAACAUUGUGUUUGCUUGUUUGCCAGGAAGUUCAGGGCCCAGUUCCAUAAGGUUCUUAGUUCUAUGUUGAUCAUUGCUCCCAUACUUUAAUAGACUUGUAAGAGCCAUAGUGGUCAGAUCCCUUUGUGAAGCGGGCCCAGAUCAGUUCUUUAAGUGGAGUCCAUGGUUAGUGCCCACUGUCACCCGUUCCUCAAAGCGAUGAUAGUGCGGAGGUGAUCGUAACUCCCAUACUUUGAUAGACUUGUAAGAGUCGUAGUGCCCAUCCCUUGAACAUCACAAGUGGAGUCCAUGGUUGUGCAACUGUCAUCCCUUCCUGGCGAUCAUAGUGCUGAGACUAUCGAACUGCUUGAACAUGUGGAACUGUCAUUAGUGACCCACGAUUGCUGUGUGGAACAGGGCCCUGAUCAUUAUGUGGGUUCUGAGUGCUAUAGUUUCAUAAAGGAUAUGUGACUGUAAAUUAAGUUAUUUUAUGAUUCUAAAUGCUUGGCUUCACAAUGCAGUAUUUGACUGUCUGAAGCCAUAUAUCAUGUACUGUGACAUCCAAAUUGAGAUAUCCAACUAAACAGAUAUCCUAUGUAUUCAGUCCUGCCAUUAUUCAUACAAACAUGUAGAGUUAGCAUUCAUGUAACAAUUAUGGAAACUGAUAUUUUUAAGCUUAUUGUUAAUUAGAGGGAUUUGAAGACAUGUUUGCCGUUCUAACCAUUUUGUCAUUGUAAUUAUCUGUUGAUGUUUUCAGCAGCUUAGUUAGACUUGGCUCUGAGUAUUCUACAGUUGAUGUACAGUUUGUUGUUGCAGUGUGUGGUACGCUCACACACAGCCUUAAUGUUGUACAGCCCGACUUGUCGCCACGCUGGGUCUAGUCUGUGUCACAGUCCCUGAACCACAUUAUUUUCUCUACUGCCUAGCCCUCCCUGCAAUGCUAAAGCCCUAAAUGAAGCAAGUCUAGAUUUCCCCCAGUUCAGGAAUUUCCCAACUCACUGGGGCUCCUUUUCAAUUUAAAUGGGUUUAUUUGUGACUGUCAAAAUUAUAUAUAUUCGGGGACUAAGUGUUAGUCUAAAGUGUGUCAUGAGUGACACAUUGUCCAAAUCAGCUUUGUAUUGUGUGUGCGUAAGCACA